GAUAUGUAUAUAUAUACAUAUGGAAUUGAAGCAGCGGCCUCUCUCCAACAACAAAUAUUUAUUUAUCAUUUUAUUUCCAUAAAUAAAAUAAUUUGGCCCCAUAUGAGAACAUAAAGAGGAGAGUCUCAUCAUCCCGAAAAAGCUAGAAGAAGAAGUUGAAUUCAUCGAUCUGAUCUAUCAGUGAUAGGCAUGGAGAAUAAUAAUAACAACAAACAGAACUCAUCCUCUAAGCUAAGGAGCAAGAUCUUGAAGAUACUACCAAAAGCGGCGGCAGCAGUUCACGUGACAUUCCAGAACCCUCCAUUCAGCCCCGGCAGAGAUCAUCACAAUCACAAUCACAACACAGGUUCCUCAUCAGGAAGCAGCAAGCUCAAACCACCACCAUUCUCUGGGCCCAUAAUGAUUCCAGAUGAAGCCAGAAGAAAGCCUAAGCAUGGUGGCAUCGAUACACAAGAACCCACCUCACCCAAAGUCUCCUGCAUAGGACAGAUCAAGAACAAGAAGAAACGGAUCAUCAACAAACAUAACAGUAACAGUAACACCGACACCACGACCAAGAAGGAGGGUUCAAACAGGUUCCAGAGGAUGUUCUUCCACACUGGCAAACCAAAAACAGGGCUCAAAAAAUCUUCUGCUAUUCCUGCUCCUUCUUCAAAGUCUUCUUACUUGCUUGCUCAAGAGAAUAAUAAUGCACUACCGAUUGGUCACAUGCGGCGCUUUGCCAGUAGCCGCGAAACGUUCUCUAAUUUUGAUUGGAAGGCUCAGAUUGCGCCUGAGGACAUCAAUCACAGGGAUUGCUACUCUGAGGAUGACAGACCCGCCGCCGGGAGUGACGUCGAAGAUGAACACGAUGAAGAAGAAGAGGUUGUUAUCCCUUUCUCAGCACCUAUUGGUGGCAGAGGUGGCUGCAAUGGCGAUUUUGGUGGCAGAGGUGUUCAUCAUGAGAUUGUGGAUAAUUUGAAUUUGCAGCCACGGAAAGAGAUUAAUCUGUGGAAGAGAAGAACCAUGGCACCACCUAGGCCUCUUCAGCUCAAGCCAGUGCUCACGGCCAAGUGAUUAUUAUUUUUCUUUUUCCCCCUUUCAUUUCGGUUGAAGUUUGUAGAUUUGUUCUUUUCUUCUUUAUUUUUCCUGUUUGUUCUUAUUCUUAAUUUCUUAUUAUGAUUAGUAUUAUUAUUGUUUACACUU